CAGAGUUUCCCUCUCUACUCUUCAAGCUUCUCAAAGCUCUCACCAGUUACCAAGAGAUAGAGAAGAGAUGGCUCAGUUGGUAAAACCAUUCAUAAGAACACACAACCCAUUAAUAUCUUCAUCCUGUUACUCAUCAAUCCUUCGUUUUCUCACAACUUUCUUCCCAGAUAAAUCCACCUAUUCUUCGUCAAUCCACAACAACCACCACCAACAGCGACGGCGGCAACUUACUAGCUUCAUUACACUUCCUCUCUGUAACAGAAAAUCUGAAUUUAAAUCACAUGCUUUGAAAUUACCUGAUUCUACAUUACUAGAAGGAGAUGAAAGUGAUUCUUCUUCUGCUUCUGAUUAUAAUAAGAGUAGAAAUGAGAAGAAAAGAGAAGCUCGUAAAGCUGUUAAAUGGGGAAUGGAACUUGCGACUUUCUCUUUGUCUAAAAUUAAGCGAAUUGUUAGAAUCGCGUCACUGGAGGUAGAAGUUUACGAAGCUAUCAUGUUAGUCAAGAGAUUGGGUGCAGAUGUUCGAGAAGGCAAACGAAGACAACACAAUUAUAUUGGGAGAUUACUGCGGAAUGUGGAUGCUGAAUUGAUGAAUGCUUUAAUUCUGGCUACAAAAGAUGGUGAUAUGGAUACGCUGGAAGCUUUAUCUGGCCUAGCAACUAAAACUGACACAGAGGAUGAGCCAACGUUGGAAGAUUCUGAAUCUGAGGAAGAAGAGGAGGAGUCAGAUCCAUACUCUGACCUAGCAACAACAUGGUGUGAAGGGCUGAUGAGUAAGGACUCCGAUGUUACAACUGAAGUUUAUUCCAUUCACAGCGUUGAAUUUGAUCGUCAGGAAUUACGAAAACUUGUUCGAAAAGUACAUUCUAUUGAAGAACGCCAGCUCAAUAGUGAGAAUGAAGGCACUUCUGAUAAGGCAUUGAUUGGGGCAAGGAAAUCACUCUUUGAUUUCCUUCAUUCUCUUGCGAAGCAAAUGCCAUCUGAUUUAAGUUACUGAAUCACUUUCACACAGCUAAUUCUUCUUUAUCACUGAGGCUAGAUUUCUAGAGGGAAUCAAUCCACUGAUAACCCCGUCCAGAUGUGACCGUCCAAUCCCUUCAGUCAUUCGUGGUCCUUAUGGAAUAUUUGGUAUUUAUCCAUUAUCCUGAAGCUUGAAAAGGUAUGUACUAAUUUUAUUUGGUAAGUUUUAUCUUCGUUAGGAAGUUUUGUUACCCUCAAUAGAUCUAAAUAUUUUAGUUCAGAUUAAGAUCUCCAAGUCCAAGGUGCAUAAAGACCCAAAAUUAAGAUUCAUUUCUUUGUAAACUAUAUGUAGAAGAACUCAUCCUCAAGUAUCAAAAAUUUGUUGCAGUAAAAUUAUUUUGUCGA